AUGGGUGAAGUCCCUCCUGAAGUUGUGGAAGAAAUGCAGGAGCUAGCCACGGCUGUUCCAGGCUUGAAAACGCGGUACAAAUUAUUAGACAAGAUCGGCGAGGGAACUUUCUCAUCGGUGUAUAAAGCUGAGGACCUUACUGGAUCGGUUAUCAAAAGCUUUUCGCGCCAUUUUUGGGAUUCAGGAAACCGGCAGGAGCGGCGAUACGUGGCGCUCAAGAGGAUAUACGUGACCUCGUCGCCAAACAGAAUAUACAACGAACUCAAUCUCCUGUACAUGCUCUGUGGUUCUACUCGCGUGGCUCCAUUGUGUGAUGCCCUGCGACAUCAUGAUCAAGUCAUAGCAGUCUUACCCUGGUACCGGCACGAGGAGUUUCGAAAUUUCUAUCGUGAUCUACCCAUCAAAGGCAUCAAGAAGUACUUGUCAGAGCUCUUGCAGGCACUGAGCUUCGUACACUCUAAAGGAAUCAUUCAUCGGGAUAUAAAGCCCACGAACUUUCUUUAUAAUCCUCAGUUUGGUCGCGGCGUUCUGGUGGACUUUGGGCUGGCUGAAAUGGAGAGCGACAGCAAAUCAGAAACACGGCAUGGCAAAGAAAUGCGUACAUCAGAGAACUAUUGCCCAUGUAAGGGGGAACAGUCAAGCCAAGGUCAAACUCAAGUGUACCCGGGAAAUCACCCUCACCACAAGGGGAAACAGACGAGUGCCAUGCCCAGCGCUGCUCAUUCUAUUGUGGAUUUAACUAAGGGUUAUCCAAAGCAUGAAACCCGUCGCAACAAGCGGGCCAAUCGGGCUGGCACUCGGGGGUUUCGAGCUCCAGAAGUUCUCAUGAAAUGUUCCAAUCAAUCCACUAAAAUUGAUAUCUGGUCUGUGGGGGUUAUACUGCUGAGCUUUUUGGCGAGACGUUUCCCGAUGUUUCAAAGUCUCGACGAUACAGAUUCACUACUAGAACUAUGUUGCGUCUUUGGAACUAAAAAAAUGAGGAAAUGUGCGUCUUUGCAUGGGCUUGGUUUUGACGUCAGCGGACUCGAAGGUAUCAGUGAAGAUGGUUACAAAGGUGGGUUAGCCGAAUUUAUACAACAGCUUCUUCACGGAGAAGUCGAAGCCGGGACAUUUCCCAGCUACUCUAUUGCAUUUGAAACCUAUGAAUUUCUAGUCAAUCGAUCCACUGGAGAGAGCAUAGCCCCUUCGGUCGAGUUUCAGGUUGCUUAUAAUUAUUCCCAGCACGACCUGAAAAAGUAUCAUGAUGAAGUUUGGAGUGAUCACUAUUGGUGUUUGGAGGUUUUGGAUCAAUGCUUAACGCUUGAUCCUCACAAGAGGAGUACGGCAGACGAGUUACUCUCGUCUACCUUUUUUAACGAACUCGUGGAUUCGGAUUGCACUGAGGAAAAUGAUGAUGAAGACGAUGUUCUCAUAAUUGAAAACUAA